ACGAAACCUGCGACUGAUUGUAGAACAACCGGGGGUGAAAUCAACCAGUGGGGUGAAACCAUGGAAAAAGACUUUCAGGUCGAUCGAGCGAUGUACGGAGUCACCUAUUACAUCCCGGAGGAUCAAUGGGAAAAUGGCAGAGGCAAUGGAGCCGACCGCGUAUGGAGCAUCGAUACCUGUUUGUACGUCGGUUGUCAGGUAAGGCAGCUCGAAGUAGUAAACCCCAUUGAAACCGUCGAUGAGGGAGCGAUGGUAAUAGGCAUAGCAUCUGACCAGACCUGCAGUAGCGAUACGUCAACGCUCAAAUUAUACAGAACCGACUCCGUAACCCGAACUGCGGCUUUUACCAUAGCAAAUGGUCGUGAAUUCAACUGGGCUAGUACGCUCCAAGUCAGUGCCGAAUUAACUGCUGGAUUCCUUGGCUCUGGUACGACAAUUAGCUUUGGUGCGGAACAUACACGAGGCGGAGCCACAACCAUCGAGAGGGCAGAAACGGAUGAAACGAGCACUGGUUCCGAGGACUCGACUGGUAAGGAUUUGUCAUACCAAGGUCCUGGUGCGGCUAUGAUCAUCGGCACCAUCAACAGAUACAGGCUCAACACAAACAACAUUGACGUCGACGUCAUCUCUACCUGCGGCGACGGUACCGAAUGGCGAAAGACGAGGCAGAUGAACGUGCGCGGUACGACCUAUGGUAAGGCAUUCUACCGCACGCGACGGGCAACAUUCCAGCCCGGACGAUGUGGCUCAGAGACAGAGAACUGCAUCGGCAGUAUAAGCGGAGGUAAUGACGCUGAUACAAUCUUUCGACACUUUGAAAACUGCAUCGGCGAUGCGGGUGAUGUUAGUCUCAUUUAA